UUCCUCAGUAACGUGAGGAAGGCAAAAAUGUCACAAGCCAACCCUUAAUUUCUUCCCAAAGUGCGGACAAUUUUCUCUGAAUCAGCUAUACCUUCCGUGGCCACCGUCAUGUCCUGCCGGAGUCCUUCCCUCCCGCACUGGCACUGGAAGCUGAGCCGCGAGUUCAUUGAGCGCUACCGGCACCUCUUUCCGGAAGAGCAAGUGUGCGCCCUCUCGCACCUGUUUGCCAACACCCAGCAGCUUAUGCUCGGCGAGGCGGACCAGGUGAGACGGCUCGUGCUGGACCUCGUGAGGGAUGACCUUCCGGUAAAAGCUGAGCCUGUUCCAAAGGUUGAGGUGAAGCGAGAAAUGGAUUGUGGUGAGAGUUGGGAUAAGAAGUUGCCCGGGCUGGAACCGAUUACGGCAAAGGGCGCUUUCAAAACGGAACCGGAAGUGGUCGUCGAGAAUAUUUAUAGGGUAGUUCCAAUCACUCAAGGAAGAACGAUUAAUCCUGACAUUUUGGACUCAAAUUGUGAUGUGAACCCAAUGGUCAAAAUGAACAAAAAGACUUUGAAGAAAGCAGAAAAACAAGCCAAAUUUAAAGCAAAGUCUGUUGAAUCCCUUCGAAAACAUAAAGAGAUUUAUCGUAGCUUGGUGAUUUUUGACAAUGACUUUUCGAAAACCGCGCAAGAAUUCAACAAACUGGGACUGGGUCGUAUUGUGUCCAUAAAUCAUCGAGAAUUCGACAACGUCCAUCGUCGGAGCGUUGUUGCUGUUAAGAUCGGUGCGAAAACAUUUCCCCUGGUUGAAGCUUGGGGCAAAACUGCUAAGAUGGCCAGAAAGAGCGCGAUGGCUGCAUUUUUGAAGGAGAUGAAAAAAAUCUGCUGUCAGAUUGUGUCGAAGAAACCUUCGUGUCGUCUCAAAAACCAAGUCACUCGUCGAGAAGACCCUGCCGCAAACAUCGAAUAUUACAGGACCAUGAUUGCAGACUUCGCCAAACAGUCCGUGAAGCAAGACCUGACCUUUGGCAAAGGGUUUUCUCCGGAAGAGCGACGCCAGUUUAAAAAGAUUGCUCGCAAGCUGAAGCUGCAAACGUGUUACGAUGGGCCGCACCGGCUGAAAAUCCUGGGCCGAACAACUCCUGCACGGACCAUCGUGGAGCGCAUCGUUGUCCAGAAAGACCCAGAGCUGUGCGAGCUGUACGAAGUGAUCCAGCCGAGUGGGGCGGCCCGAUGGAAGGUCGCUCGUAAAUUUCCACUCUGAAGUUCUUUGUUAAGUUGUAUUUGAAUACCGUUUUUUGUAUUAAAAAGUUCAGGGUGUUGUUAAGAUUCAGAAAGUAUGAUGUAUAGCCGUUUCAGGGAAGGUGUCAUAAGCCGCCCCUUGAUUUGUUUCCAACGUG